AUGAAAGUAACCGUAACUACCCUUAACGACGAGCUGUUCGUCUUAGAUGUCUCCGAAGAUUUGGAAUUAGAAAACUUCAAGGCGUUUUGUGAAAUCGAGUCAGGGUUUCCCGCCGCGGAUAUAACUUUGACUUUCAAUGGGAAGCCUAUGAUGCACGAUAAGAAGUCUCUGAAGGAGCUGGGCGUCCACGACGGAGAUGUCAUUGUGCUGCUUCACAUGGUUCAGUCUUCAUCCAAUUUAAACAUGAACGACGCCAGUCAAGCUCUGCCAAGCGGUUUGGCCAAUCUCGAUUUCAGUAGCAUACAAGUUCCUAGGGGGGCUGCAUCUGCAGCAAGCACUUCAAUGGCCGCCAGGAAUGCCCCCGUGGAGGAGGACCCUCGCAUCAUCAGAGAGAUGUUUCUAGCUAAUCCCGACCAACUGGCCCUCCUCAAACAGAACAACCCGAGACUGGCGGAUGCCUUGCUGAGUGGCAACCUCGAUACAUUUGCUUCAGUGCUUCGAGAACAAAUUUCAGCUAGAACUGAGCGCCAACAACAAAGAAUAAGGAUGAUGAAUUCAGAUCCGUUUGACACAGAGGCCCAGCGCAUGAUAGCGGAGGAGAUCAGACAGAAGAACAUCGAAGCCAACAUGGAGGCAGCCAUGGAGUACAACCCCGAGACAUUCGGAACUGUGGUCAUGUUGUACAUCAACUGUCAUGUUAACGGCUUCCCUGUGAAGGCGUUUAUAGAUUCUGGAGCUCAAACUACAAUAAUGUCAGCAGCCUGUGCUGAGAGGUGUAACAUUAUGAGACUAGUUGACACAAGGUGGGCGGGUAUAGCGAAGGGUGUCGGAGUUCAGAGGAUCAUCGGCCGCAUCCACAUGGUACAGAUGCGUAUAGAGAAAGACUUCCUCACAACCUCCUUCUCCGUCCUCGAGGAACAGCCCAUGGACAUGCUGCUGGGACUGGACAUGCUCAAACGACAUCAGUGCAACAUUGACCUGAAGCGGAACGUUCUUCACAUCGGCACGACGGGUACAGAGACUCCGUUCCUGCCGGAGGCCGAGCUGCCGGAGUGUGCGAGACUGUCGGGCUUCUCUGAGGACGAGCUGGUGGCGAGGGACGACCGACUGGUCAGGGACAAGAGAGAAUCUAAGGAGCAGUCACCGACGUCACCUCCGGCCACCACGAGUGGACAGAACGCUCCGAGGAUGACUCCGGGUGUGAACACGCCGAGUCUCAUCCGGCCGGAGAUCCUCGCCACGGACACGUUCAGUGAGACAGACGUGGAGGAGAUAGUGGCGCUGGGCUUCACCAGGGAACAGGCGAUUGUAGAGCUGAGGCGUUUCAACGGCGACAAGACCCAGGCCACGGUGGCUUUGUUCGCCAAGUCGCUCAAUCUGUGA